CUGCAGGUUCGGUCUGUCGCUGGAGGAAGCCCCCGGAGCCUGCGGGUGCGGUCGGCCGGCACCGGGUCCCGCACCGCCCCUGCCCCGCACUCCUGCCCCGGGCAUCCCCCCCCGCCGCCCCCGGGCUCCAGCGGCUGCCGGGGCGGGGCGGGGCGGGGGCGGCGGCGGCUCGGCCCCGCGGCGGGGAGGGCGGUGGCCUGGCCCGGCCCGGCCCCGCGUCCGCGCAGCCCCCUCCAACCCCCCCCCCAGCUCCCGCCUGUCCCCCGCAGCACAUGACCCGCAAUGGAGCCGCGCCGGCCCUGCCCAGAAGUUUGGAGCCGGGGGAGCGGGCGGAGGCUGGCGGCGAGGGGACGGCUGCAGCCGGCGCCCAGCCGCGGGCGGUGGGCAGGUGUAGGCGGUGCCGGGCUGUCCAGCGCCCAGCCUGACCUCCGUCUCAGAUGGAGGCACCGCUGGGAGGAAGCGGGGACGGUGAGGUGUCCCUGGGACAGUAGCCAAAGCAGAGUGACACGUUUCUAGGCUGGCCCGGCCACCCCCCCGGCGGGGCAGUCUUCUCUGCAGCUUUGUUGCGUUUUCGAUCCAGGAGAGUGUGGGCUGCUGCUGGCAGCUACAGGAUGAAGUCGCCUCCCUGCUGCAUGUCUCUUUCUUCCCAAGCAUCCCUGGAGGAACCAGGGAGCAGCACAUCCCUGGGCUCCCUGGACUCCAGUGUUUUCUCCAGUGAGGAAGAGCAGGGGCCCCUGCUGCAGAAGGUCAUUCCCUCCUUGGACUGCUUUACUAUCAAUGUAGGAGGCAGCCGCUUUGUGAUGUCCCAGCAAACUUUGUCUUGCUACCCUGACACCCGUCUUGGCAAACUGGCCGUAGUGGUCUCUGCUGCCCGGGAUGUGGCCUCUGGCCUCCUUGAGCUUUGUGAUGAUGCCAACCUCGUGGAGAAUGAAUAUUUCUUUGACCGGAGCUCACAGGCGUUUCACUACAUCCUGAAUUACUACCAGACAGGGAGGCUGCAUGUGAUGGAGCAGCUUUGUGCGCUCUCCUUCCUGCAGGAGAUCCAGUACUGGGGUUUGGAUGAGCUCAGCAUCGAUUCCUGCUGCAGAGACCGGUACUUCAGGAGGAAGGAGCUGAGUGAAGCCUUAGACAUCAAGAAAGAUGCAGAAGAACUGGAUGCCCAAGAUGAAGAAGAGGACUUUUCUGGUAGCCUCUGUCCUAGUGUCAGACAGAAACUGUGGGAAGUUUUGGAAAAGCCUGGCUCCUCUGCAGCAGCCAGGACUUUCGGCACUCUGUCCAUGGCUUUUGUUGUUGUGUCCAUUGCCAACAUGGCUUUGAUUUCGGUAGAGCUAAGCUGGCUGGCACCACCACUACUGGAUGCCCUAGAGUACCUGUGCAUUGCGUGGUUCACUGUGGAGUUUGUUUUGAGGUUCCUGUGUGCACGGGAUCGGUGUCGCUUCCUAAGGAGUGUGGCAAACAUCAUAGACCUCCUUGCUAUUUUACCUUUCUACAUCACCCUGCUGGUGGAGAGCCUGUGUGGUGGGGAGAGCUCCCAAGAACUGGAGAACGUGGGGCGCAUUGUCCAAGUGCUCAGACUGCUCAGAGCCCUGCGGAUGCUGAAGCUGGGAAGACAUUCAACAGGCUUGCGGUCUCUUGGGAUGACUAUCGCACAGUGCUACGAGGAGGUUGGCCUUUUGCUGCUUUUCCUCUCUGUAGGAAUCUCUAUAUUUUCCACCGUGGAGUACUUUGUGGAGCAAGGCGUGCCAGGCACCACUUUCACAAGCGUACCUGGUGCUUGGUGGUGGGCAACAACUUCCAUGACAACUGUUGGUUAUGGUGACAUUAGACCAGACACUACCAUUGGUAAGGUAGUGGCCUUCAUGUGUAUACUAUCAGGAAUACUGGUUUUGGCUUUGCCAAUAGCUAUAAUAAAUGACCGGUUUUCUGCCUGUUACUUUACACUGAAGAUAAAAGAAGCUGCUCUUCGGCAGCGUGAAGCUUUAAAGAAACUCACGAAGAACUCGUCCAGCGAUUCAAAUAUCAAUGUUAAUUUGCGAGACAUAUAUGCACGCAGUGUUAUGGACAUGUUACGGUUAAAAAGCAGAGAGAGAGCAAGUACAAGGAGCAGCGGAGCAGAUGAUUUUUGGUUUUGACUUUUAAGUUAUUUAGCCUUGUAUAGCAAAUAGACUACUUCAAAAAAGUAGUAUUAAGCAUCUCUCUUUUUUUUAUUAUUUGCCACACAGUGUAUUUGCUUUUCCAGCUGGAGUUUUACUAACUUGAACAGACAGAGAUAAUUAUUGUAUACAAAAGGCAGAUUUCAUAAUGUGGAGUCUCUCAAGCUCUGAAACCUGCCUCCAGAACUGGAUCGUGGUGGGUCAGAUGGGAAAUAAUGGGUCCAUCAAAGAAAAACAGUGAUGCAAACACUUGCCUAUGAAUCUUAUGUCCUUGCUAAUGUAUAAGAAUAAAGACUUAGUGAAAAUUGC